GUCGCAAGGGCAGGCGGGCUGGUGGCGCCCAAAGCCCGGCUCUGGCGAAUGCGCUUCCGUAGCCAACGCUUUGUUAAUGCUCCCCCUCAGCGAGUGGAUGUCCCUGCUCCAGCUCGCAUGGCGACCCGGGCCAAAGUGACACGGCUUGGCCAUGCCAUGGCACUAACUGAAACUUUCAGAGUUUCACCGUGGGUAACAGCGGAUAUUUCUAAUACUUUCGUCAAGUCAACCUUUGAAAUUGCCUACUAAUCAGGAGUGAAGAAGUACAGAGAAGAAUGCAUAAAGCACAGUCUCAUAAAGAUAAAAACAUAUCCCCUAGGGUAUGGUUCUAGGACACCCACUUUCCGGGGAUACCAAACUUCCCAGAUGCUCAUUCACAUAUACAAGGUACAAAUGAUGGAAAAUGUGCACCUGGCACCAGAAACAGAUGAAGACGAUCUUUAUUCUGGUUUUAAUGACUACAAUCCAGCCUAUGAUACUGAGGAGUUGGAGAAUGACACAGGUUUUCAGCAAGCGGUGAGAACCAGUCAUGGCAGAAGACCUCCAGUAACUGCUAAAAUACCAAGCACAGCAGUCAGCAGACCCAUAGCCACUGGAUACGGGUCUAAGACAUCCCUGAUAUCAUCAAUGGGAAGACCAAUGACAGGGACUAUCCAGGAUGGAGUUGCUCGACCCAUGACAGCAGUGAGAGCAGCUGGCUUUUCCAAGGCAGCUUUGCGAGGCUCUGCGUUUGACCCCCUCGGCCAGUCCAGGGGCCCUGCUCCUCCUUUGGAAGCCAAAAACGAAGAUAGUCCAGAGGAAAAGAUCAGACAGUUGGAGAAGAAAGUAAACGAAUUGGUAGAAGAAAGCUGUAUUGCCAACAGCUGUGGAGACUUAAAGCUGGCCUUAGAAAAGGCAAAAGAUGCAGGAAGAAAAGAGAGAGUCCUGGUGAGACAGCGAGAGCAAGUUACGACUCCAGAAAAUAUCAACUUGGACUUAACGUACUCCGUUCUCUUCCACUUGGCCAGUCAGUAUUCAGCUAAUGAAAUGUAUGCAGAAGCACUAAACACAUACCAAGUUAUAGUGAAAAAUAAGAUGUUUAGCAAUGCAGGGAGACUGAAAGUGAAUAUGGGAAAUAUUUAUUUAAAGCAGAGGAAUUAUUCCAAAGCCAUUAAGUUCUACCGAAUGGCCUUAGAUCAGAUUCCAAGUGUCCAUAAAGAAAUGAGGAUUAAAAUAAUGCAGAACAUUGGAAUUACAUUUAUAAAAACUGGUCAAUAUUCAGAUGCCAUUAACUCAUUUGAGCACAUCAUGAGUAUGGCCCCAAAUCUGAAGGCAGGCUUCAACCUCAUUCUCAGUUGUUUUGCCAUUGGAGAUCGAGAGAAAAUGAAGAAGGCAUUCCAGAAAUUAAUUGCUGUUCCGUUAGAAAUUGAUGAAGAUGAUAAAUAUAUCUCCCCAAGUGAUGAUCCCCAUACUAACUUACUGAUUGAGGCUAUAAAAAAUGACCAUCUCAGGCAGAUGGAACGUGAAAGAAAAGCCAUGGCAGAAAAAUACAUCAUGACAGCUGCAAAACUCAUCGCUCCUGUGAUCGAAGCAUCCUUUGCUGUGGGUUACAACUGGUGUGUGGAAGUGGUGAAGGCUUCUCAGUACGUGGAGCUGGCCAACGAUCUGGAGAUUAACAAAGCAAUUACAUACUUGAGACAAAAGGACUUUAACCAAGCUGUAGACACCUUGAAAAUGUUUGAAAAGAAGGACAGUAGAGUGAAAAGUGCAGCUGCAACCAACCUCUCCUUCCUGUAUUACCUGGAAAAUGAAUUUGCCCAGGCCAGCAGCUAUGCAGACUUAGCUGUGAACUCGGAUAGAUACAACCCAUCAGCUCUCACUAAUAAAGGGAACACGGUUUUUGCACAUGGUGAUUAUGAGAAGGCAGCUGAAUUCUAUAAAGAGGCCCUAAGAAAUGAUUCUUCUUGUACUGAAGCACUUUACAACAUUGGCCUCACCUAUAAGAAGCUAAACCGUCUGGAUGAAGCCUUGGACUCCUUCCUGAAACUGCAUGCAAUCCUUCGGAACAGUGCUCAAGUUCUUUGCCAGAUAGCAAAUGUAUACGAGCUAAUGGAAGAUCCCAAUCAAGCCAUUGAGUGGCUGAUGCAGUUGAUCAGCGUGGUGCCGACUGACUCCCAGGCUCUGUCUAAACUGGGAGAACUGUACGACAGUGAGGGGGACAAGUCCCAAGCGUUCCAGUAUUACUACGAGUCAUACAGGUAUUUCCCUUCUAAUAUUGAGGUCAUUGAGUGGCUUGGAGCUUAUUACAUUGAUACCCAGUUCUGUGAAAAAGCUAUUCAGUACUUUGAAAGAGCAUCUCUUAUACAACCCACACAAGUGAAAUGGCAGCUGAUGGUAGCUAGCUGUUUUAGAAGAAGCGGUAACUACCAAAAGGCAUUAGAUACUUACAAAGAGAUCCACAGGAAAUUUCCAGAGAAUGUUGAAUGUUUGCGUUUCUUGGUUCGUCUCUGCACAGAUAUUGGAUUAAAAGAAGUUCAAGAAUAUGCCACGAAACUCAAGAGGUUGGAAAAAAUGAAAGAAAUGAGGGAACAGCGCAUAAAAUCGGGCAGAGACAGCGGCGGAGGCUCUCGCAGCAAACGAGAGGGGAGCUCUGGCAGUGACAGUGGCCAGAACAAUAGUGCCAGUAGUAAAAGUGAACGACUGAGUGCCAAGCUCAGAGCUUUGCCUGGGACAGAUGAACCUUAUGAAAGUAGCGGUAACAAAGAAAUAGAUGCCUCCUAUGUGGAUCCACUGGGCCCUCAAAUAGAAAGACCAAAAACUGCAGCCAAAAAGAGAAUCGACGAGGAUGAUUUUGCUGAUGAAGAGUUAGGAGAUGACUUGCUUCCAGAAUAAUACAAACUUUAAUACUGUGUGUGUGUGUGUGUGUGUGUGUGUGUGUGUGUGUGUACAUGUCUGUAAGACAGAAGACAGCCUUGGAUGCUGUUCCCCAGGCACCGUCCAUCCACCAUUUUUGUGACAGGGUCCCUAUCUGGCCUGAACAUGCCGUGUGGGCAGUGGCCAGCAACCUCCAGGGAUCUGCCCGUCUCCACUCCCUCUUCCCUGGUGCUGUGGUUAUAAGCACUUGCCACCGCACCCAGCUUUCUGUAAAGGGGCUCUGGGGUCUGAACUCAGGUCCUCCAGCUUGUGUGGCAAGCAUUCCCAACUGUGCUCUCUCCCUGUCCCAGUAAGUCAUUGACUGAAGGGAAGAAAUUGCCUUAUAAGAUAAUGCUCUUGUUAAACCUGAGAUCAGAUGUCCAAACUUUAAUUUUGUACACUGUUGAAACUUUAAAUAGUGUAUUCUGUUCUCUGAAGAUGGAUCUGUGCUGUCAUUUUUAUGGAAUAAAACCCAUGAAGCUACUCUA